CUAUUUUUUUUUUAAUCUGAUAAGAAGCACAUGGAAUCUAGUUGUUAGUUAUACGAACUCAAUAAAAACAAAAAUGGAGAUUUGAUGUAAUAAAACAAUAAAGCAUAUCAUUCAUAACAUCUACAAUUUUAGGAAACUCAAGAAAAUGAUAUUUUACUGUAGCAAAUGUUAGAUGUCUUUUUGUACAAAUGUUCUUAGGACAGAAAGAGAAGAUGCAAAAUGAUGCUUCUUCUGAGUCAGAAUCUGGAGAGAGUUCAACAUUUUCAGACACAUCGGAUUCAUCUGACAAGCCUCCAAAAAGAAAACAAAAGAGAAAGCACAAAGUCAGGGAGGAAAAACAUGCCGCCAUUCGAAGAGUUCAAACACCUGAUGAUGUUUUGCAACGUUACAAGGCCAUUCUGAAAAGCUUCAUGAAGACCAGAAGUGUCUCCCACAGCUGCAAGCAACACAAUGUUGAUCGCAAUACCAUCGCACUUACAGCCAUUAUUGCAGAGUUGCAGAUUAUUGCUACUCCUGAACUCCACAUUCCUGAAUUUCAGGGUGGAACUCUACAGAAAUAUGCGAAGGAGUGCAAGGAAUACAUGGAUACAAACCCAGAAGUCAUUAAUAAAAUCAAUGAAAUGAAACGUAAACGUGAACUCCUGCCAAUUAGGUACAAAUUUAGAAAGGAAGACAAUUAAUUGACCCAGUAGUAUAAUAAGCUGUUCUCAAAAUAACAUUUCUGCAUUUUUUAUGAUGGUUAAAUAGUAUUUUUGUUAAUAUCGUUGUUCUCAGGUUAAGGCUGUUAAUUGUUAAAAAAAUCUGAAUGUUCAAUAUGUUGGAAAAAGAAAAAAAAAACAGUAUGUCAUUGCUGUUUCAAAAUUCAGUGUUCAACAAAGAAGACAAGAUCGUUAAGAAAUAAAUAAGUAAAUGUUUUGCUGCACUUCAAAAGUAGUGUAUUAUGACUCUUAUUUUAUGGUCUUACUGUGUAAUGACCGAGUAAAAAGCAACACUUUAUUUUACAGUCCUGUUUCCAUGUAGUUACCAUGGACAUACUAGUGAAUGUACCCAGUAGUUAAUGCGUAUGAUAGUCAAUUGUUGGGUUUGCCUAACAGUGUCAUGUAUAUGAUGCUAUAUCUUAGGUGGUAGGUCCUAUAUAAUAACUGUGUAAAAAGCAACACUUUAUUUUACAGUCCUGUUUCCAUGUAGUUACCAUGGAUGUACUAGUGAAUGUACCCAGUAGUACGGUUAUUUAAUGCUUGGUUUAAAGGACAAAUAUACUGAGUACCAAAAUGGCACAUCAGUAAUGUUUGUUCUUAGUUAUCAUAUAUGUAUGGUAUAAGUAUAACUUACACUUACCUGCAGGUACCACACACUUAUCAUGUAUAUACAAUUUGUAAGUACAGUAGUGUUUCUAGUUAGUUACAGUAUACAUACACCGUAUGUGCCUUUCAUUAACUUACACUUACCUGCAGGUACCACACACUUAUCAUGUAUAUACAAUUUGUAAGUACAGUAUUGUUUCUUGUUAGUUACAGUAUACAUACACCAUAUGUGCCGGUCAUUAAUUUAUGACCUAUACAGGUACCACACACUUAUCAUGUAUAUACAAUUUGUAAGUACAGUAGUGUUUGAUAUUAGUUAUCAUAUAUGUACACUAUAAAUACCUGUCAUUUACCCUAACUUGCAUGUAAAUAGUAAAUACUUAUAUUGUACAUUCAUUUGUAAGUACAGUAGUGUUUCUCGUUAGUUACAGUAUACCUACACUAUAAGUAUGUAUCUGUUAUUACCCAGUACUUAUCUAGAGUUACAUAAUUACUACCAAGUAUGUACUACUGGUAAGUACAGUAAUGAUACCAAUUAAUUACCAUGUAGAUACCUAAAAGUAAGUACCACACAUUUGUCGGUAAGUACAACUUAUUUACCAUAUAUGUACAC